CAGGAGAACUCUCAAUUCUCUCUCUCUCUCUCUCUAUCUAUGUAUAUAUAUAUAUAUAUAUAUUUAUAUUUACUUUCGGGUCUUAGAACAAGUACUAUGAGAAACGGAUCAAAUUAAGAUGACAACCAAAUCUCUCUCUCCACGGCUGCUCUUCUUCUUCUACCUCUUCUGCAUCUUAUGCUACCGUGGCUGCUAUGUCCAUGGCCAGGAGCCGAGCACCCAGGGCUACCCAUGCCGCGCCAACCAGACGGUCAGCCCCUGCCAUACCUACGUCUUCUACCGAGCCACGUCCCCAAACUUCCUCGACCUCGCCUCCAUCGCCGACCUCUUCGGCGUCAGCCGCCUGAUGAUCUCAAACCCCAGCAACAUCUCCUCCCCCGCCGCUCCCCUCGACGUCGGCGAGCCCCUCUUCGUGCCCAUCACCUGCUCCUGCAACGCCGUCAACGCCUCCCUCAGCCUCUCUUACGCCAACAUCAACUACACCAUCAUGUCCGGCAACACCUUUUACUUGGUCUCCACAAAUAUGUUUCUCAACCUCACCACCUACCAGUCAGUUGAAGUCGUCAACCCCACUUUCAUCCCAACGAAGCUCGAAGUCGGCGAUAAAAUCAUCUUCCCCCUCUUCUGCAAGUGCCCCACCGCCGCCCAGAAGCUCAACCAGACCAAUUUUCUCAUCACCUAUGUUUAUCAGCCUUCUGAUAACUUAAGCUCCGUUGCCUCCAGGUUUGGAUCGACCGUACAAUCUAUUGUGGACGUUAAUGGAAACAGAACUCAAAAUUUUGAGACGAUCUUCAUUCCAGUUUCAAAGCUUCCCAAUAUAACCCAGCCAAAUAAUACUGUUUCUGCUCCUAAUGAUAACGAUGACAAUGAAGGUGCGGUGAUUGGAUUGGGAAUUGGGUUGGGGAUUUGCGCGGUUGUUUUGAUUUUGGUGGGUGGAUUUUGGUUCUACAGAGAGUCUUUGUUUAAGAAGAAGGAAAAGGAAAGAGAAGAAUUGAUGAAGGUUCAGCAGCAACUAGGGGGAGAGGGAAAGGGGAAGGUGAAAGAGGUGAAUCCGAAUUUACUGACCGAUGUUUCGGAUUGCUUGGAUAAGUAUAAAUUGUACGACAUUGAGCAACUGAGAAACGCGACUGAUGGGUUCGACCAGAAAUGCCUGAUUCAAGGGUCCGUGUAUAAAGGUUACAUUGAUGGAGAGGUCUUCGCCAUCAAGAAGAUGAAGUGGAAUGCUUUUGAAGAACUCAAGAUCUUGCAGAAGAUCAACCAUGGCAAUUUGGUGAGGCUGGAAGGCUUCUGCAUAGACCCAGAUGACGCAAACUGCUACUUGGUCUACGAGUAUGUGGAAAAUGGCAGCCUCCACUCGUGGCUGCACGGCAACAAGAGCGAGAAGCUGAACUGGAAAACGAGGCUGAGAAUCGCCGUUGACGUUGCCAAUGGCCUCCAGUACAUCCACGAACACACCAGGCCUCGCGUGGUUCACAAAGACAUCAAGAGCAGCAACGUCCUCCUCGACGCCAACCUGCGAGCCAAAAUCGCCAACUUCGGGCUGGCCAAGUCCGGCUGCAACGCCAUAACCAUGCACAUCGUCGGAACCCAGGGCUACAUCGCGCCGGAAUAUCUCGCCGACGGCAUCGUGUCCACCAAGAUGGACGUGUUCUCGUUCGGGGUGGUGCUGCUGGAGCUGGUGGCGGGGAGGGAGGCCAUUGACGAGGACGGGAAGCUGCUGUCGGCGUCGGCGGCCGGAAUCAUGGAGGGGAGCGACGAGAAGAGGAAGGAGCGGAGGCUGAAGGGGUGGAUAGACCCGCGGCUUCUGGAGGACUCUUUCUCUUGGGAGAGCGUGAUGAGCGUGAUGUCGGUUGCGAUGGCUUGCUUGAACAGAGAUCCUUCCAAGAGGCCCAGCAUGGUGGACAUCGUUUAUGCCCUCUGCAAGAGCGAGGAUUUCUUCUUCGAUAUCUCCGAUGAAGGCCUCUCGCCCCGCCAGGUUCCGGCCCGAUAAGCUUUGAGCGUCGUCCGCCAUGGCGGUCUGGUUACGGAAAAUGGAAAUUAAAUGGCGGGGUCCAUCGUUUCAUCAGUCUUGUUCUCAACUUUACAAUCCAGACUUCACUUGGACAUGUUAACAAGUGCGGUUUUACAACAAUAAAUAAAUUAAUAACUAUGAGAGAGUAUCUUCACGUCUGUAGCAGUUUGAAAUUCAAUAAUUAGGGGCGCAGCCUCUUUCCUGGUUAUGCAAAUUAUCUGAUGUAUAAACCAGUUUUAAUCCAAAAAUAAAAAAAAUAUUCAAGUAAUUUAUAUAAAACAAAUUUGUGUA